CGUCGGGCGCGUCCAACGCUCUGCUUAGCGUCGAUAUGGAUCCGCCAGUUGCGACAGCACUGACAAGAUGGUGGAUAGGACAGGAGGAAAAUUAGGAACAAAACACAGCUAAUAUGUAUAGUUGACAGCGUGUAAAUGGCCUUUUUUGGAUUUUAAGUUAGCCAAAACGAUUACAAGAUCGGAGCGUUUCAUAUCUAUUGAAUUUGGGUUUAUGUUUGCGAGACGCAGGACCAAAAAUGUUGUUUUCUGGCUGCUGGAUGAAGGACCCGUCGGAUAACGACGUGACAGCCAGUAGUCCGAUAGAUAAUCAGUGAUAUUAGAUCGUGAAUGAACUUUACGGUAAAAAAAAAAUACAUUGAAACCGUUCACUAGUUCGGUCCAGCUAACGUUGUCAGCUAGUUAUUUGUUUUCCUGGUUGAUUUGUUGUCACUGUGCAGCUAUUUGUUUUCCUGGUUGAUUUGUUGUCAUUGUGCAGCUAUUUGUUUUCCUGGUUGAUUUGUUGUCAUUGUGCAGCUAUUUGUUUUCCUGGUUGAUUUGUUGUCAUUGUGCAGCUAGUCAGGGGUAGACACUAACUAGCUUGCUAAUACCACAAGGUUUUCGUGGCCGAGUCGACAUGUUUUAACUUUGUACGGCGCUUGUUGGGGAAGGAUUCACAGGACGCAUCAAUAAGGACGCCGGACGCAUCGAUAAGGACGCAAGACGCAUUGAUAAGGACGCAUCGAUAAGGAAGCAAGAUGCAUCGAUAAGGACGCAUCGACAAGGAAGCAAGAUGCAUCGAUAAGGACGCUCGACGCCAUCCCCCGUCGGACCGACCUGCUGCGUUGUGUAUUCUGGGGUUGUAACUAGUGACCAGCUAGUUAGCUGUUAUAGCUGGUCAGACUGUCGACAGGUGACAUGGCUCACUCUCCGGUUCAGAGUAGCCUGCCAGGGAUGCAGAACCUGAAGGCAGACCCAGAGGAGCUGUUCACUAAGUUGGAGAGGAUCGGUAAAGGCUCGUUUGGUGAGGUGUUUAAAGGAAUAGACAACAGGACUCAGAAGGUGGUGGCCAUUAAGAUCAUUGACCUGGAGGAGGCUGAGGAUGAGAUGGAGGAUAUUCAGCAGGAGAUCACUGUGUUGAGUCAGUGUGACAGCCCCUUCAUCACCAAGUACUAUGGAUCAUACCUGAAGGAGGCCAAGCUGUGGAUCAUUAUGGAGUAUCUAGGGGGAGGCUCGGCAUUAGAUCUGUUGGAGCCGGGGUUGCUGGAUGAGACUCAGAUCGCCACCAUCCUCAGAGAGAUUCUGAAGGGUCUGGAAUACCUCCACUCAGAGAAGAAGAUACACAGAGAUAUCAAAGGUACUAGCUAGCAUGGAUACCAGUAGGGGCUAACCUAGCUAGCAUGGGUACCAGUAGGGGCUAACCUAGCUAGCAUGGGUACCAGUAGGGGCUAACCUAGCUAGCAUGGGUACCAGUAGGGGCUAACCUAGCUAGCAUGGAUACCAGUAGAGGCUAACCUAGCAUGGAUACCAGUAGAGGCUAACCUAGCUAGCAUGGAUACCAGUAGGGGCUAACCUAGCUAGCAUGGAUACUAGUAGGGGCUAACCUAGCUAGCAUGGAUACCAGUAGGGGCUAACCUAGCUAGCAUGGAUACUAGUAGGGGCUAACCUAUGUCACAGGCCGGCUCAUAACCUGUGGCAAUGAGGGGACACGAACAGCAGGUAUAGGCCAAAAAAGGUUAUUUAUUAUAAUACCGGUAGGGGCUAACCUAACUAACAGUGAUACUAGUAGGGACUAACCUAACUAACAGGGAUACUAGUAGGGGCUAGCAGGGAUACUAGUAGGGACUAACCUAACUAACAGGGAUACUAGUAGGGGCUACUAGUAGGGGCUAACCUAGCUAGCAUGGAUACUAGUAGGGGCUAACCUAGCUAGCAUGGAUACCAGUAGGGGCUAACCUAGCUAGCAUGGAUACCAGUAGGGGCUAACCUAGCUAGCAUGGAUACCAGUAGGGGCUAACCUAGCCAGCAUGGAUACCAGUAGGGGCUAACCUAGCUAGCAUGGAUACUAGUAGGGGCUAACCUAGCCAGCAUGGAUACCAGUAGGGGCUAACCUAGCUAGCAUGGAUACCAGUAGGGGCUAACCUAGCUAGCAUGGAUACUAGUAGGGACUAACCUAACUAACAGGGAUACUAGUAGGUACAUAGAUAUCAACAGUACUGACCGGGUUAAUGUAGAAGGUACAUAGACAUCAACAGUACUGACCGGGUUAAUGUAGAAGGUACAUAGAUAUCAACAGUACUGACAGGGUUAAUGUAGAAGGUACAGGGACAUCAACAGUACUGACAGGGUUAAUGUAGAAGGUACAGGGACAUCAACAGUACUGACAGGGUUAAUGUAGAAGGUACAUAGACAUCAACAGUACUGACAGGGUUAAUGUAGAAGGUACAUAGACAUCAACAGUACUGACAGGGUUAAUGUAGAAGGUACAGGGACAUCAACAGUACUGACAUGGUUAAUGUAGAAGGUACAGGGACAUCAACAGUACUGACCGGGUUAAUGUAGAAGGUACAUAGACAUCAACAGUACUGACAGGGUUAAUGUAGAAGGUACAUAGACAUCAACAGUACUGACAGGGUUAAUGUAGAAGGUACAGGGACAUCAACAGUACUGACAGGGUUAAUGUAGAAGGUACGGGGACAUCAACAGUACUGACAGUGUUAAUGUAGGGGGCAUUUUCUAUGACGUGAACAGUGAGUUGUCCAGAUUAGAAUGAGUGACAUUAACCCACAACUAGUGACCUCCUCCUCAAGGGGUUUGUCUCUCUUGGUGUAACGUUUAAGGUGUUGGGUUGACAGUCUCUGGAC